AUGUCUGAUUUUUCGAUAUUUCUUGGUGGUGAAAACCGAGUCGUUUUACCAUUCUUUGCCUACCCUGCACUAGUAGCUGCCCCUACACUGGCACUGGCAUUAGGCGUCAUUGUGCCAACUGACAGGUUGCCAAGUAUUUUCAAGCAAAUUUUAUCAAUCCCACUAUUACUAGCCGUUUUCAUGAUUCCUUUUGGAUUCACAAACGGAAACAAAAUUGCCGACCUCAUUGCUGGAGUAUCAUCUUACAACCUCUUUCUUCGUUUUCUGGAGUUGUAUUGGGUUGGGCCAUUAGUGCAAGACAGACCAGUCUAUGCUACCAUGGAGAGCUUGUGGAUUGAUUUUUGGUGCUGUUUACGCACUUUUCCUAAACCAGCUAAAAAGGAUACGCCAGAAUUGAAAAAGGGACAAGUGAAAGUAUAUAAAAAGGACAAGAAAUUCUACCACAUCAUCUUGUAUUUGACGGGUCAUAUAAUUGUCACUGAUGUAGUGGCAAGUUGGGCUGCUUCAUUUACUGGCGAGGAAGUGCAUCGUAUGAGUAUAGAGAAACCAGCUGUGUUCUUUGUCUUUUUCGCAUUUGCCACCAUUAUCUUGAAUGCUGUUUUUAACUGUGUGGGCUAUAUUCUUCAUUUAUUCUAUUGUAUCUUUGUGGAAGGCGGAUCUUACUCAUCAGAGCAAUGGCGUUCGCUCAUAAAUAAUCCCAUCUUGUCAAGCUCUCUGGAUGAACUUUGGUCUCAUCGCUGGCAUCAAUUGUUCAAAUCAACAUGGCUCGCAUUCCCAUUCAGACCUGUCCGCAUCUUGGUAGAACGUGCUCUCACCAAGCGUGUCAAGCAUGCCAAGUCAGUCGCCUUUCUAUUGGCCUCCAUCUCGGUAUUUGUUGCCUCUGCACUGAUGCAUGAAUAUGUCAUUGCUGCCAAUAUAGGUUUGCCUAUCUACAAGCGUGUAUUUGCAGGUGAGCAGUGUAUCUUUUUUAUUGGACACGGCAUUGGCGUCUUUUUUGAGCAUUUGGUGCACAUGUUGAUCAUUCCCAAACUGCCAAAAAGCUUCAAGGAAUCCGUGCUCUAUGAAAUCUUGGGCCACGUAUGGACAGCCACAUUUGGCUACUUUACCUUCUACUGGAUUGCCAAUGGAUUCAUGUCUUGGGGAUUCCAAUUUGACAACCCAUUGACAUUUUCAAAGCCAUACAUUGUCAAUUUUGUCCAAGCUCAUCCUCGUCUGCUUGCCAACUGGGGAAGCCAUGUUUAA